AUGACUACGGGUAUUUAUUUUUUAAUUUUGUUAAUCUUUUUUUAUACCUACCUGAGUUCCCUGCUCUAUCAACUUAUAAUAAGAAACAGAAAAGUUUCACAAGUAGCCUCCUCCAAUUUGACGGGGGAGAAGACUAGGAAUUUUUUGUUCGUUUUCUUGUUUUUCUGCCUCAUAAGCAGAAUAAUAUCCCUAUCAAUUUUGACCUACUUGGACAUACGAUAUUACGUUAUAGAUUACAAUACGCUUCUGUUGUUUCCAAAUUUUUACUUUUAUUUAAUUUUACUGAAAUCCAUUCCUACAUACUUUUUUUUAUCAUCCUUCACAAUAAUUAUUCUUUUUUGGUCUCAAGUUUACUAUGCAUCUAUAUUAGUAUCAUCCCCAAAUUUACUGUCGAUGUACAUUUUCUUAAAUGCCCUUGUAUAUGCAGUAAAUAUAGUUUUGGCUAGCCUCUGCUAUUUAACCCAAGCCUUUUAUAACUAUAUUUAUUACAAUUACAUUCUGGAGUCUGUAAUAGAUUAUAUAAUAGCAAUAGGAUUUCUGUACUAUGGGAUUAAGGUCACUAAGAAGCUGGAAGAGAAAAGUAAAGGAAUUUCCAAAAAUAACAGUAUCAUAAAAAGGAUAUUGUCUUUGGCUAUUAUUAUGUUUGUUAUUUUGAUCUUGAAGGGAUUAUAUUCAUUUUGGUGUUUUGUCAAGGAUGCAAAUUUUUACAACUCCUAUUUCGACUUUCCUACUUGUGACGCAAUAGUUUAUUUCAUAUCAGAAUGUAUCCCGUCACUAAUUAUUAUUAACAACUUUCAAUCCAACGAGAAAAGAUCGUUAAACUUGGAAUACACAACUCCCCUGUGUUCAGAAGCUUUUGAUCCAUAUCAUUUAAAACUCAAAAAGAAAAAGACAAAAAAAAAAGUGAAUGUAUAG